UCAGUCGAGCGCUGAUACCGUACUGAAGAGGUCGGUCUUGAAAUAAGCAAAUUUUCUCGUCUCCGGAAAAGUAGUAAAAAAGUGUUGAAGUUUGCCUAGAAAAAAGAAACGUUUAACCAAAAACAAAUUUUCCUAAAAAGGGGGUAGUUUUAACCCCUAACGAAACAAAACCGAGAAAUUGUGUAACACCAGUGCUACAGAAAGUAUUAUUUAUAGUUUUGCAAGAACUUAAACCAAAAAAACACACAUCGAAAUGAAUGAUCAGCAUGGGAGAGCCGACUCUUAUCGGGUCGCAACGGUUGUACCAACCGAUGACGACAAUCUUACAGCCGAUGGUCAUUACAAGACAAAACGCAAAAUGCCGGCUAAAGGUGGUGGUGCGAAAAAGGAAAAUUUAGAUGAUCUCAAACAGGAGUUAGAUAUCGAUUAUCAUAAAAUCACUCCUGAAGAGCUGUAUCAGCGUUUUCAGACACAUCCUGAAAAUGGUUUAAGUCAUGCCAAGGCUAAGGAAAAUUUGGAACGUGAUGGCCCAAAUGCUCUCACACCACCCAAACAAACACCCGAAUGGGUGAAGUUCUGUAAGAAUUUGUUUGGUGGUUUCGCUAUGUUAUUGUGGAUUGGUGCUAUUUUAUGUUUUGUGGCCUAUUCCAUUCAGGCCAGUACCAGUGAAGAGCCAUCAGAUGAUAAUUUAUAUUUGGGUAUCGUACUUUCAGCUGUAGUCAUAGUUACCGGUAUUUUCUCAUACUAUCAGGAAUCAAAAAGUUCAAAAAUUAUGGAAUCUUUCAAAAACAUGGUUCCCCAAUUCGCCACUGUCAUACGCGAGGGUGAAAAAUUAACUCUCCGUGCCGAAGAUUUAGUCUUGGGUGAUGUUGUGGAAGUAAAAUUCGGCGAUCGUAUCCCAGCUGAUAUUCGUAUUAUUGAGGCUCGUACCUUUAAGGUCGACAACUCCUCGCUGACUGGUGAAUCUGAACCACAGUCUCGUGGCCCCGAAUUCACACACGAGAAUCCCUUGGAAACAAAGAAUUUGGCUUUCUUCUCCACCAAUGCCGUCGAAGGUACUGCCAAGGGUGUUGUCAUCAGCUGUGGUGAUCACACUGUGAUGGGUCGUAUUGCCGGUUUGGCCUCCGGUCUGGAUACUGGUGAAACCCCCAUUGCCAAGGAAAUUCACCAUUUCAUUCAUUUGAUUACCGGCGUCGCUGUGUUCUUGGGUGUGACAUUCUUCGUCAUUGCCUUCAUCUUGGGUUACCAUUGGUUAGAUGCUGUUAUUUUCUUGAUCGGUAUUAUUGUCGCUAACGUACCUGAAGGUCUAUUGGCUACUGUCACUGUGUGCUUGACAUUGACUGCCAAACGUAUGGCAUCGAAGAACUGUUUGGUGAAGAAUUUGGAAGCUGUCGAAACCUUGGGCUCCACUUCGACCAUCUGUUCGGAUAAGACCGGUACCCUGACCCAGAAUCGUAUGACUGUCGCUCACAUGUGGUUCGACAACCAAAUCAUUGAGGCCGAUACAACAGAAGAUCAGUCGGGUGUCCAAUACGAUAGAACUAGCCCUGGAUUCAAGGCGCUCUCUCGCAUUGCCACUCUCUGCAACCGUGCUGAAUUCAAAGGCGGCCAAGAAGGUGUUCCAAUUCUGAAGAAGGAAGUCAGCGGUGAUGCUUCCGAAGCUGCUCUCUUGAAGUGUAUGGAAUUGGCUCUUGGUGACGUCAUGAAUAUCCGCAAACGCAACAAGAAAAUGGCCGAAAUCCCAUUCAACUCCACCAAUAAGUAUCAGGUCUCAAUUCACGAAACCGAAGAUCCCUCCGACCCUCGCUACUUGCUUGUCAUGAAGGGUGCCCCCGAACGUAUCCUGGAACGUUGCUCCACAAUUUUCAUUAAUGGCAAGGAAAAGGUCUUGGACGAAGAGAUGAAGGAGGCCUUCAACAAUGCCUACAUGGAAUUGGGAGGUUUGGGCGAACGUGUAUUGGGUUUCUGUGAUUUCAUGUUGCCCUCCGACAAAUAUCCCACCGGAUUCAAAUUCAACGUUGACGAUGUUAAUUUCCCCAUCGACAAUUUACGUUUCGUUGGCCUGAUGUCUAUGAUUGAUCCCCCACGUGCUGCCGUACCCGAUGCCGUGGCCAAGUGCCGUUCUGCCGGUAUUAAAGUUAUCAUGGUUACCGGUGAUCAUCCCAUUACUGCCAAGGCUAUUGCCAAAUCAGUAGGCAUCAUCUCGGAAGGCAACGAAACUGUUGAAGAUAUAGCCCAACGUUUGAAUAUCCCUGUCUCGGAAGUUAAUCCACGUGAAGCUAAGGCUGCUGUUGUGCAUGGUGCUGAACUUCGUGACGUUAGUUCCGAUCAGCUGGAUGAAAUCUUACGCUACCAUACUGAGAUUGUAUUUGCUCGUACCUCACCCCAACAAAAGUUGAUUAUUGUUGAGGGUUGCCAACGUAUGGGUGCUAUUGUGGCUGUAACCGGUGAUGGUGUCAACGAUUCGCCCGCCUUGAAAAAGGCUGAUAUUGGAGUUGCUAUGGGUAUUGCUGGCUCCGAUGUAUCCAAACAGGCUGCUGACAUGAUCUUGUUGGAUGACAACUUCGCUUCCAUUGUUACUGGCGUUGAGGAGGGUCGUUUGAUUUUCGACAACUUGAAGAAAUCUAUUGCCUAUACCUUGACCUCCAACAUUCCUGAAAUCUCACCUUUCUUGGCUUUCAUCUUGUGUGACAUCCCCUUGCCCUUGGGUACUGUAACCAUUUUGUGCAUUGAUUUGGGUACUGACAUGGUUCCUGCUAUCUCUUUGGCUUAUGAAGCUGCUGAAGCCGAUAUCAUGAAGCGUCCACCCCGUGAUCCAUUCAACGAUAAAUUGGUCAAUUCAAGAUUGAUUUCCAUGGCUUAUGGACAAAUUGGUAUGAUCCAAGCUGCUGCCGGUUUCUUUGUGUACUUUGUCAUUAUGGCUGAAAAUGGAUUCUUGCCAUUGACAUUGUUUGGCAUUCGUAAGAUGUGGGAUUCCAAGGCUGUCAAUGAUUUAACCGAUUCCUAUGGUCAAGAAUGGACCUAUCGCGAUCGCAAAACAUUGGAAUACACCUGCCAUACCGCUUUCUUCGUCUCCAUUGUGGUUGUACAAUGGGCUGAUUUGAUCAUUUGCAAGACCCGACGAAACUCAAUUUUCCAACAGGGCAUGAGAAAUUGGGCCUUGAACUUUGGUUUGGUCUUUGAAACCAUUUUGGCUGCCUUCUUGUCAUACUGUCCCGGUAUGGAGAAGGGUCUUCGUAUGUACCCACUCAAACUCGUUUGGUGGUUCCCAGCCAUUCCAUUCAUGUUGGCCAUCUUCAUUUAUGAUGAAACCAGACGUUUCUACUUGCGUCGCAAUCCCGGAGGCUGGUUGGAACAGGAGACCUACUAUUAAAGAAACAAAAUCAACAAACAACACCACUACCACCACCCCCCUCUCCCCCAUUAUAUAUACAUAUACUUUUUUGUUAUAUGGCUGCUUCAUCCAUUUCUCUAUAAAGAUAAAUAAGAAAAACUAAAAUAACAACAAAACGAAAACACUCUCCGCCAACUUAUCCAGCUCUGCUGCCAUCCACCAACACAAUAAUAAUAACAGCAACAACUAGAACAAGAGAAAAAAAACCCAUCUCUCCCCAGCCCUAAGAUCACAAAGAAACCAAUGUAAUUUCACCAUCGAGGAAACUCAACACAGUUACAUACACCACAACCACCACCGCCACCUAUAACUACCACCAAAAUUCGUUCGUCACCAUUUUUAAGGAAAUUUCAAAAAUCAGCUUCAAAACUCCUUCCCCGCCCCCUCCAGAGAAAAAAAGAAAUCAUAAUGAAAAAUCAUAAAAAUGAAAAGAAGACAUCGACUCUCAUGGCGAUCGAUGUUUUGUGUUAUUUAAAUUAAUAAAAUAAAAUUAAUAAAACAAAGAAAAAAAGAGAAAAGAAACUAAGAAAAAAUCAGACCUUUUUUCCCCUCCACCAUAAACAAAAAAAAAAAAAACAAACAACUCCCCACUAAAACUAAAACAGAGGAAAUCGAAGCAUAAGAAGGAUAGAGGAGAUGAUAGAAAUUUUUAGAAAAUAAACAAAACAAAAGCAACAAAAAACCCAUACUGCUAUAAUUAAAAUUAAGAUGCAACCAGAAUCCCUAGCCCCUAAAACCAAACCCUCCCCCCAGCCCUCAUCAUCAAAUAAUAGGAUGAAUCAAAAAAAAAAAAAAACAAUUUUGAAUGAGACAACAGCAAGAACAAGAAGAAGAAGAACUUGAAUUAAAUUUAACUACGAAUGUUUGUUUUUUUGGAAAUGCUAAAUAUAUAUGUGUGUGUAAGCAAGAUGGAAGGAACGAAGAAAGUUGAAGUUGAAGUUGAUGCAGAUAAAGAUGAAGUUAGAAAGCCAUACGCUUGAAGGAUGUUGAAGAUGUAGGAGCAUUAUUCUUGUAUGCCGCCUCUAUGUUAUGAAACAAAAAAAAAAAAAAACAAAACAAAAUUUAAAGUAAACCUUAAAAAAACGAAAAGGAAGUAAUAAAAUACAAAAAUGAAUAAUAAAAUUAAAUAAAGAUUAAAACACAAGAAACAAAAACCAACUCUUUGAUGAAAAUAAAAAUAAAUAAACAACAAAAAAACAGUAAAACAAACUCUAGUUUAAAUUAAUAUUAUUAAUUAUUAUUAUUAUUAACUACAUUUUAAAUUUGUAAACAUACAUACAACAAACACUGCAACUACAACAACAACAGCAACAAAAAAACAACAACAACAAAUGCUAAUUAUUAUUAUUACUAUUAAAUGUUAGUUAUGUUUUAUUGAAUUUUGUUUUUUUUUUUUUAAUUUAGUUUCGUUUGUUUUUUUUGAAAGCAAAAUUAGAAAAUCAAACAAAAUUAUCCUUCCAUGAGUCUCUAGAAGAACACCAUACACAAAACGACCACUCUCAGCAUUACAGCAUUGAAGUUUUAAAUUAAAUCUUUCAAAAU